CUGGGGGAAAAAAACGCUACAGUGGGGCGGGGUGUCGGGGUUUUGUCGCAGUUGGCGAUGCAGCAUUAUAGAAAUAGUUCUAACACAACACUGCCUGUGUUUCCACACACAUUUUUACUCCGUAGACUUUAUGCUGCAACACGGUGGGCGGUAGUUUUCAUGUGAGUACUUUUUUUCCUAGUACCGGGCAGAAUUUUCCGCACGCAGCCCCCCCGGCGUACCCACACAAAAAAAGCUUGAUGUACGAGCAUGCAGGAGGAGAGGGGGAAAAGCGUGGGGCAACUCCACUGCCAAGAAGAGGACCCUCUUAGUCCUGGUCAGGGGUUUCCAGGACUCAUCAACGAGUCGCACGCUCCAGAGCUUGUGCACGUUUCAGAGAAAAGUCUCUCUGAGAUUGAGAAUGUUCACGGAUACGUGUCCCACUCACACAUCUCCCCUCUCAAGGCCAGCCCAGCUCCAAUAAUUGUCAACACAGAAAACUUGGAGGCACUUCCUACUGUCAAUGGCAUAGAAACACAGUAUGAUUUUGAAGAGAUCACUUUAGAAAGGAGUAACUCAGGGCUGGGCUUCAGCAUAGCCGGAGGGACUGACAACCCCCACUUUGGGGAAGACCCUGGCAUCUACAUAACCAAGAUCAUCCCCGGUGGAGCUGCAGCUGAGGAUGGACGCCUCAAAGUAAAUGACUGCAUCCUUCGGGUGAACGACGCAGACGUAGCCAUCGUGUCCCACGGCAAAGCCGUAGAGGCUCUGAAGGUUGCAGGUUCUGUGGUGCAUCUGUACGUACGUCGACGCAGGCCGGCUCCAGAAACUGUCGUCGAGAUCAAAAUCACCAAAGGGCCGAAAGGACUUGGUUUCAGUAUUGCAGGGGGAGUUGGAAACCAACACCUCCCUGGAGACAACAGCAUAUUUAUCACCAAAAUCAUCGACGGGGGGGCGGCACAGAAAGAUGGCCGUCUGCAUGUUGGCGACAGGUUAUUGAUGGUGAAUAACUGCAGUGUGGAGGACGUUUCUCAUGAAGACGCUGUGACCAUUUUGAAGAGCACAUCAAAUGAAGUCUUUCUAAAAGUGGCAAAACCCACCCAAGUCUACCUGUCAGAUUCAUAUGGGCUUUCCAAUGUCAAACGAUCGUUUUCUCCUACAAUGGAAAGUCUCACCUCCUCCCCCAUCAUCUUCCGCACACCAGACUUCAGAUCUGAUCUUUGCUCCGCCUCCCCCACAAGUCACUCCCACCUCAAUAUGCGCCUGCAGGAUGAAGAUGAGAUAAGCAGGCCUCCAGAGCCGGUUUACAGCACUGUGAACAAACACUGUGAAAAAGCUCCCUCUCCCCGACACAGUUUCCCUGCAGACUUCAACCAAAGCCCCGUUCACUCCUCCCCCCAACCUAACUGUCACUUAAACCCGCUCCCUGACCCAAACGCCAGGGAACCCAGGAAAGUGGUUCUGCACAAGGGCUCCACGGGCCUGGGCUUCAACAUUGUAGGUGGUGAAGAUGGAGAGGGGAUCUUUGUCUCCUUCAUUCUCGCCGGAGGACCCGCCGACCUGAGCGGCGAGCUUAGACGAGGCGACCAAAUCUUAUCGGUGAAUGGGAUCGACCUCAGAGAAGCGACACACGAACAAGCAGCGGCAGCGCUGAAGGGGGCGGGGCAGGUGGUCACCAUCUUUGCCCAGUACAGACCAGAAGAAUACAGCCGCUUUGAAGCCAAAAUUCACGACCUCAGGGAGCAGAUGAUGAACCACAGCAUGAGCUCAGGGUCUGGAUCUCUUCGAACCAAUCAGAAAAAGUCCCUCUAUGUCAGAGCACUGUUUGACUAUGAAAAGUCCAAGGACAGCGGACUCCCCAGCCAAGGGCUCAGCUUCAGGUACGGAGACAUACUCCAUGUCAUCAACGCCGCCGAUGAUGAGUGGUGGCAGGCCCGCCGUGUCACCCUGCAUGGAGACAGUGAGGAAAUGGGUGUCAUUCCUAGCAAAAGACGGGUGGAAAGGAAAGACCGUGCACGCCUUAAAACUGUGAAAUUCAACGCAAAACUCGGGUCUUCUGAUUCAAGAGCGUCAUUCACUGACACGCAUAAAAAGAAUUUCACCUUCACACGAAAGUUCCCAUUCUACAAGAACAAAGAGGACGAGCAGGAUGGCAGUGAUUCCCAACGAAAUAAAGAUGAGGGGAUUCUGUCAUAUGAAUCUGUGCUGCGACAAGAAAUUGAUUAUGCCAGACCAGUCAUAAUCCUUGGACCGAUGAAGGACAGGAUCAAUGAAGAUCUGAUAUCAGAGUUCCCAGACAAGUUCGGUUCUUGUGUUCCACCUGCUAACAGUUCAGAUUACCAAGAUACAACAAGGCAAAGGAGGGACGGCGAGGUCGAUGGGCGGGACUACCACUUUGUGACAUCCAGGGAGCAAAUGGAGAGAGAUAUCCAAGAGCACAAGUUCAUCGAGGCGGGACAGUACAAUGAUAAUCUAUAUGGAACAAGUGUCCAGUCUGUGAAAUAUGUGGCUGAGAGGGGUAAACACUGUAUUCUGGAUGUUUCUGGAAACGCUAUCAAGCGACUUCAAGUAGCACAUCUCUUCCCGAUUGCGAUCUUCAUAAAACCAAAAUCUGUUGAAUCCUUAUUAGACAUGAAUAAAAGACUUUCUGAGGAACAAGCAAGGAAGAUGUUUGACAGAGCAAUGAAGCUGGAGCAGGAGUUUGGCGAGUUCUUCACAGCAAUGGUUCAAGGAGACUCCUUAGAGGACAUGUAUAACCAAUGCAAACAGGUCAUAGAAGAAAAUUCAGGGCCCUAUAUUUGGAUCCCUGCAAAGGAAAAACUAUGACUCACCCUCCUUGAAAGAAACCAAGACUGCUUGGAAUUAGUAAUAAGCUGUAAAUAAAAAAUAAGAACUGAGAAAGAAUGGAUGUCUUCCAUUUAUACUUGCUAAGAAUAAGUUAUUUUUUAUUUCUUUUUAUGCUGUUGUUUUGUUUUUCACUAGAUGUGGAUGUUUAAAGAUAAAGUUGCAGAUGGGUGGGGUUUACAUACAGAAGUACAUACAGCUGUAGCACCUUUUUUUCUCCCGUCACACUGCAACAAGCAAAUAAAACACACCGAUUCCAAUAUGCCUUUUGGUUUUGUCUCAGAAACCUUUUUUCAAUCAUAAUCUUGAAAUGGAAAAGGAAAAUGUGUCCUCACAGGGGAAGAAUAGCUCCUGUUUUAAACCCUGAGUAAAAAUGUUUACAUGUAAUUUUGUUAUCAGACUUUUGCACACUCAUAAAAGCAGAUUAACUGCAAGCAAGAUCAUUUCAAAUUUGAAGCUUUGGGGAAAUGUAUCUGUGAAGAGGGCGGAAGUUUGAGCAUCACUGCACUGUGCUGGAGGAUUUUGGCGAGAAGACAUCACUGAUCCGGACAGGAACCGCACCGUAUCUCAAGUCACAAAUCCUACGACGCCGAAGCGGAGCCACUAAGGUGUUCUAGCAUCUGUCCUCCACUUCUGAAGCUAGUGUCUUAUUGCAUGCUUCAUAUUUGCAGAAUGCAGGAGGAAAGCUUCAUGGGUUUAUACCUGCUACUCAUACAUCAAAAUCUAUACAAUGUCUCGUAUUUUUUUCCAGACAAAAUAUCAUGUUUGUGAGCAUAAUAAAACCAUAAAAAUGACUAUAAA